AUGCCCUAUCCUUCGGCCUUGAAAACUUCUAGAGAUGCACCACCAGGAAAGGUCGUCCAGUUACCAAGAGAAAUCAUGUCGGAGUAUGUCCAACCCUACUUCGAGUCUAAAGCUAGGGCCCUCCGUGCAGUAUGGAGUGUAAAGUCAGGCCAAUUCGAAUCUCCUGCAGCCACCGGCAAUAGGUUAAACGCAAGAAGCAGAGGCAAGAUAUCUACUAUUCAGACUCCCUUGCAACCCAAAAAGAAGUGGAGAAAAGCUGAGGUCGAAUGGAAAGGUCAAUGGAUAGUCAUAAAUCAUGGCACGCUGUCUCUGCAAGGAUUCAUCCGUUCGUCUUUUGAAUUGUAUACAUUUCAAGGCAAGGAGUUCAUGGCAUCCUGCGUCUCUACCUCUUCACUGCCCAUGUCUCUCCCCUCGUCUCCGAUUGCAGAAGACUGGAAAACAGACGUGCAAAUUGAGGCGACAGAUAUCCUCUCUACCAGACAAAACCGCUUCAACCCCAGAAGAACCUUCAGACGGGGAGAUGACCAUAAGAACUCCCCGUCCUUCGACUAUAAUCCGGAAGACAUCUGCCGCGAGAAAAGCGAAUGGUUCGUCCCCGAUUUGCUGGACGACCACGGUACUCAGUUUAAUUCACAUCCUUUCUCGAACAUCCUCCGCAUCCUUCACCGCCACACCUCUCAUCCAAUAUCAUCAUCGUCCCUCCCCACCUCAUCAAUCAUCACAGUCGCAGACUACUGGAACAAUGUGUCUUAUCCCGCUCUCACGCCUUUUGUUUAUUCCUCUCCAUACAAUUCUCUUCCAUACCCAGAAUGGCUCACGAAAACCGUCCAGACCACGUGCAAGUGCCUGGGUGGAUUAAGAACACGACAGUUAGCACCGUGA